UCCCCGCUGCACCCCCGUCCACUCCCGUGGUCCCUGGUCCGGCAUGGCGCGCGCGGUGGGGUCCGAGCGGAGGCUGCUGGCCAUCUACACCGGCGGCACCAUUGGCAUGCGGAGUGAGCUCGGCGUGCUCGUGCCUGGGACGGGCCUGGCUGCCAUCCUGAGGACACUGCCCAUGUUCCAUGACGAAGAGCAUGCCCGAGCCUGCGGCCUCUCUGAGGACAUCCUGGUGCUGCCCCCGGCCACCCCGAACCAGAGGAUUCUCUACACCGUGCUGGAGUGCCAGCCCCUCUUCGACUCCAGUGACAUGACCAUCGCUGAGUGGGUUCGCGUUGCCCAGACCAUCGAGAGGCACUACAAGCAGUACCACGGCUUUGUGGUCAUCCACGGCACUGACACCAUGGCCUUUGCUGCCUCGAUGCUGUCCUUCAUGCUGGAGAACCUGCAGAAGACCAUCAUCCUCACUGGGGCCCAGGUGUCCAUCCAUGCCCUGUGGAGUGACGGCCGUGAGAACCUGCUGGGGGCGCUGCUCAUGGCCGGCCAGUAUGUGAUCCCAGAGGUCUGCCUCUUCUUCCAGAAUCAGCUGUUUCGGGGCAACCGGACGACCAAGGUGGACGCUCGGAGGUUCGCGGCCUUCUGCUCCCCAAACCUGCCGCCUCUGGCCACUGUGGGUGCUGACGUCACAGUCAACAGGGAGCUGGUGCGGAAGGUCGGCGGGAAGGCGGGGCUGGUGGUGCACAGCAGCAUGGAGCAGGAUGUGGGCCUGCUACGCCUCUACCCUGGGAUCCCCGCCGCCCUGGUGCGGGCCUUCUUGCAGCCUCCGCUGAAGGGCGUGGUCAUGGAGACCUUCGGUUCGGGGAACGGACCCACCAAGCCCGACUUGCUGCAGGAGCUGCAGAUGGCGACAGAACGCGGCCUGGUCAUCGUCAACUGUACCCACUGCCUCCAGGGGACUGUGACCACAGACUAUGCAGCUGGCAUGGCCAUGGAGGGAGCUGGCGUCAUCUCAGGCUUCGACAUGACGUCGGAGGCCGCGCUGGCCAAGCUGUCGUAUGUGCUGGGCCAGCCAGGGCUGAGCCUGGAUGACAGGAAGGAGCUGCUGACCAAGGACCUUCGUGGGGAGAUGACACCACCCUCGGUGGAAGAGUGCCAGCCCUCACUGCAGGGCAACACGCUGGGCCGUGGGGUCUCCUGGCUCCUCAGUCUGAGUGGCAGCCAGGAGGCAGAUGCCCUGCGGAAUGCCCUGAUGCCCAGCCUGGCCUGUGCAGCCGCCCACGCCGGCAACCUGGAGGUGCUGCAGGUGCUUGUGGAGCUGGGCAGUGACCUGGGCCUGGUGGACUUUAACGGCCAAACCCCACUGCACGCGGCCGCCCGGGGAGGCCACGCAGAGGCCGUCACCAUGCUGCUGCAGGGAGGUGUGGACGUGAACACCCGGGACACGGACGGCUUCAGCCCGCUGCUGCUGGCCGUGCGGGGCAGGCAUUCAGGUGUCAUUGGGUUGCUUCGGGAAGCCGGGGCCUCCCUGUCCACCCAGGAGCUGGAGGAGGCAGGGACGGAGCUGUGCAGGCUGGCAUACAGGGCUGACCUCGAAGGCCUGCAGGUGUGGUGGCAGGCAGGGGCUGACCUGGGGCAGCCAGGCUAUGAUGGGUACAGCGCCCUGCACGUCGCGGAGGCAGCCGGGAACCUGGCAGUGGUGGCCUUUCUACAGAGCCUGGAGGGUGCAGUUGGUGCCCAGGUCCCAUGCCCAGAAGUGCUGCCUGGUGUCUAACCUGAAGCCGUCCUGCUGCAGUGUAAGCCAUUCCUGCCUGCCGUGACCUGCUGGAGGGGUCUCAGGCAUGACCCCACUGCUGGGGCUACUUCCCAGCCUGCUCUCAUGCAAAGCCUGAAGGCCUUUGUUGGGCAUAAUGACAAUAAAGUCUCUGGCAUCUCCUCACCAGGUCUAUACAGCCUGGCCCCGAGUGGGCCUGUCUGGGUCCGGGACUGUGGACG